UGACGGUAAAACCAGGCUGACGCCUUCACAGUAGUUCUCGCAAUGACCGCGCGUGCUAGGCCUGUGCAAGCUUUCGAUCCGGUGCGGCUGCUACUGAAAGAUUGGAAAGGUCUCUCUCCUAAUUACGCACCAGCAAUGUCGAGGGGGGACAGCGCGCCUCUGAGAAGCCAGGACUGUUCAAGUCCCCGAGAGCCGCCUGCUUUCAUUCAUUCUUUCAACUUCUGUAGCUCCGCAGAGAGUGGGACUUUUCGUCUCUGCUUCAGAAGGAGGCGGCCGGGCGACGGGUUGGCUGCCAGCCCAGGAGCGGCCCGGGUCUGACAGGGCCCGGCAGGGCUUGCUGGCCCGCUGCUUAGUGCGUUAGCAGGUCGGCCCCAGGCUGUCCGGCUAAAUCCCCCUGCACUUCUCUCGUCUUCCCCAGAAGGACAGAAAGUGCCCCUGCAAGUGCCGCGAAGCGUGUGGUCAUUCUGAGGUCAUCCAGGACCUGGGUUUCCCUUUUAGCAUCGCGCUUGUGUCCACCGGCCUGUCAGUGUGGGGGUGUCUCGUGUCGGGUCUCCAGGACUCUGCUUCACUGAGAAUUCCGUUCUUUGCACCACGGAUUUUUGAGACUAAACGUACUUUGGGAAGCUUUUAAACACCAACGGCCCGGAGGGCGGCCGCCGCGAGGUCGGAAAUGUCCGCGGUCCUGCGGGAGCUGCUGCGGGUCUCCGAGAAGGCAGCGGACAUCGCCCGGGCGUGCCGGCAGCAGGAAGCCCUGUUCCAGCUGCUGAUCGAGGAAAAGAAGGGGGCGGAGAAGAACAGGAAGUUCGCAGUGGACUUCAAGACGCUGGCGGACGUGCUGGUACAGGCAGUGAUCAGACAGAGUGUGGAGGACAAGUUUCCAGGCUUGGGAAAAAAAGUUUUGGGAGAAGAAUCGAAUGAGUUCACUAAUGAUUUGGGGGAGAAGAUGAUCGUGAGGCUGUGUCCGACGGAGGAGGGGACAGCUGAGCUCCUCAGCAGGGUCCUUGAUGGCAACAAAUCGGCGUCUGAAGCAUUAGCCAGGGUUGUUCAUCAGGACGUCACCUUUGGCGACCCGGCUCUGGACGCAGUGGAGGUCGACAUACCGCAGGACACCCUGGGGAUCUGGGUGGACCCCAUAGAUUCCACUUACCAGUACAUAAAAGGUUCUGCGGACAUUAAAUCCAACCAAGGAAUCUUCCCCAGUGGACUUCAGUGUGUCACCAUUUUAAUUGGUGUCUAUGACCUACACACAGGGGUGCCCCUAAUGGGAGUCAUCAACCAACCUUUUGUGUCACAAGACCUAAACACCCUCAGGUGGAAAGGACAGUGCUACUGGGGCCUUUCUUACGAGGGGACCAACAUCCAUUCGCUUCAGCUUCCCGACCCCAAAAGAAAGAGUAGUGACACGCAGAGCCGAGGGACCGAAGACACCAGUUCCGAGGGCGAAUGCCCCCACGGGCUUUCAGCUGUCAUCAGCACGAGUGAGAAGGACUCCGUCAGAGCCGCCUUGGCACGUGUGUGUGGCGAGCGCGUGUUCCCGGCGGCCGGUGCCGGCUACAAGAGCCUCUGUGUUGUCCAAGGUCUUGCUGACGUUUACAUCUUUUCGGACGACACCACGUUCAAGUGGGACUCGUGCGCCGCUCACGCCAUCCUGCGGGCCAUGGGCGGGGGGAUGGUGGAUUUCAGCCGGUGCCUGCGGGCACCAUCCGGGCCGGCGCGCGACUGGCCGCAGCUGGUGUACCACGCGGGAGACGAAGGUGCGGCCGGCGUGGAUCGCUGGGCCAACAAGGGCGGACUGGUGGCCUACAGGUCCCAGAAGCGGCUGGAGACGUUCCUGAGCCUCCUCAUCCCCAACCUCGCCCCUGCGGAUGCGCGCACGUAGAGAACUCUGUCCUCGUGCGCUUCAGAACCCACCCAUGAAGCAGUUUCCCGCGUCUCGUACCCUUGGGAGAUACCUUCGUCCUGUUGAUUGUCAGGCUUCUCCCCCUCUUCUGAGGAGCAUUUUCCCAUUGUGUGUCCGUAGGAUGUUCGUUUCAGUGAAUGAACCAUGUCCGUGCGGCCGCUACACAGCUGGGCGGGCUUUCAGCCGAGGGCGUUGUGCCAUUCGUGUCGCCUGAAACACUUCAAUAAAAACCCAAGAGGAAGAAUUCCGGCUGCCUUAGUAUCACUCCUCUCAGCAUGGAAAUCCCGCGGAGAAUGUCGCUGAAAUGUUAGGGAGAGCGUGAGAAGGGCUGUGCUCGGAUUCUGCUUCCUGUCCUGAAGGGAAAAUCUGCAGCUUUAGCCUUUGGCAGAACGUUUAGAACCUUGAAUCUGAUGCAUAAUUUAGCCAAGUUCACGUACGUUCAGUCUCCUUCUGCUUAAAAGAAUCAUAGCCUGGAGCACUGUGUGUCCCCUCCUCCUCUCGCUCACGGUCUUUCACGCGCGCGCGCACAUAUCCUCUAACAGCCUCAGGCGCGCUCCGUCCCUGUCGCCCGGGCGGAAGGGGAUGAAGAGCUUUCUGCAGUUCUUCCGUUUUUAAACCCCAAACCCGGGCUCGAGCCGCACGUAGGCAGUCCUCGCGUCUGCUGGAGUCCGGCGGGGCGUCCGCCGGGGUGAACGUGGACCUCUUUUCCUGUUCUCCUGAGCGGCCUCGGUGAAGACCCAGGCCCCCAUCCAGAGGGAUCCAACACUCAGCUCCGAUUUCUUCCUGCCUUGCGCCCUCUGGGGGCCAAAGGGUAUUUCUGGAGCAUUUUCUAUUUCUCUAUAAUUACAAACGAAUGAAAAAGACAAACUGAUUUUGAUAGUCUGGCGUUGCAAACAGCAGAUUCAACAGUUACUGAUAAUCGAGUUACAGCAUUUAAAGCCAUCGUUGUGUUUUGUGACAGAUUGUUGGCUCUCGAGCUAUAUAUUCUAAGCCCUUAGAGUGUUCUCUUAAAGGUUGAUUUUAAGUAAAAGUGAGCUCGUUCUUCACAAACCGCAUUAAAAACGAAAGCCCAGAAACUAGCCCUGCUCCCUGAUAUGCGCCAGAAUGGAGAUAUGGAAUAUGUUCCAGGAAAAACAUUUAUUGUCCACAUGAACAUUUUAGAGCAUGUAAAUUAUCAAUAAAAUACAGUGAAAACAGUC